CCUCCCCCCCAACAAAACCUGGCUUGGUUGUUGAGCUAUGAUGGGGGUGGAAUGUGUCGAGUGACGAAAAUGACGACACAAUUGACCCAGAUUACAUUCAUUUCUAGCUCGGUGUUAACUACUAAAAUUGUUACAUACUUUAAGCAAUAUUAAUUCCUUGUUUUGAUUCGUUUUGGUCUUGUAUUAUUCUUCUUUCCCCUGCUGACGAAAAUGGUCGUGUCGAUGUCGUCAUGUCGCAUAUUUCGCCUCUUUCUUCAUCCUUCGUCUUCCACUCUGUACCGCAAAUACCGCAAUACGUGUAUUCAUCACAUUAGUACGUCGUCCUCCCUCUUGCAGAUUAUGGGAGACCAAGUGGCCGACAAAAUGGAAAACUUGACCACCUCUGAUAAGGGUCAGAAGAAGGAAUGUCCUGCUAAAAAAGAGGACGGGGAUGGCGUUCCGGCCGCUCCUAGCAGUAGUGGCGGUGGUGGAAAAGCUGCACUCAAAGUGCCCAAGGGUACUCGUGAUUACAGCCCGCAACAAAUGGCCAUUCGAGAAAGUGUACUGGCAACGAUAAUCCAAUGUUUUAAACGGCACGGAGCGGAGAACAUUGAUACUCCCGUGUUUGAACUGAAGGAUGUCUUGACCGGAAAAUAUGGCGAGGAUUCGAAGCUUAUUUAUGACUUGAAGGAUCAAGGUGGUGAAAUUUUGAGUCUUCGCUACGAUCUUACCGUCCCUUUUGCCCGAUAUCUUGCUAUGAGUAAGAUUAGUUCGAUUAAACGAUACCACAUUGCCAAGGUUUAUCGGAGAGAUAAUCCAGCCAUGACGAGGGGACGAUUUCGAGAGUUUUAUCAAUGUGAUUUUGAUAUUGCUGGCGCUUACGAUCCUAUGCUUCCUGAUGCCGAAUGCAUCAAGAUGGUUGAAGAGAUUUUGAACGCAUUGCAAAUCGGAGAGUUUCAAAUCAAAAUCAACCACAGACAAAUAUUGGAUGGAGUUUUCGAGUUGUGUGGAGUUCCAUUGGAAAAGUUUAGGGAAAUCUGUUCCUCGGUCGACAAGUUGGACAAAUCCCCGUGGGAAGAAGUUCGAAAUGAAAUGAUUAAUGAGAAGGGUUUAAGUCCAGAAAUUGCAGACAAGAUUGGAAAGAAGAUCCAAGUUUCUGGAAAACCUAACGAUGUGAUAGCUCAGUUGAAAAGCGACACGGAUUUCAUGAGCAAUCCAACCACCAAACAAGGUCUCGAGAGUAUGGAACUGCUCUUCAAAUAUUGUCAACUCAUGGGUGUUGAAGAAUCGAGCGUCAGUUUUGACUUGAGCCUUGCCCGUGGGCUGGAUUACUACACCGGUGUAAUUUAUGAGGCAGUCUUAAUUAGUAGAGGGAAAGGCGGAGCAGCCGUCGGUGUUGGCAGCAUCGCUGGUGGCGGCCGUUACGACACCUUGGUUGGGAUGUUUGACCCCAAAAAACGUAACGUUCCUUGUGUCGGCGUUUCCAUCGGGGUUGAGCGCGUAUUCAGUAUUAUAGAACAACGAUCCGACAAAAAAAUCAGAACAACCGAGACUCAAGUAUACGUCGCAACUGCUCAAAAGGGUUUGGUCGAGGAGAGAGUUAAGAUCUUAUCUACUCUGUGGGGAUCCGGAAUCAAGGCUGAACAUUCCUACAAGGCAAGUCCAAAACUACUCCAGCAACUCCAAUAUUGUGAAGAGAUGCAGAUCCCAUGGGCUGUGGUCAUUGGAGAAGGAGAGCUAGAAAAAGGUAUCGUCAAGCUUCGAAAUGUUGCGACGCGAGAAGAAGAAGAAAUUCCUCGAACUGAUUUAAUACCAAUUUUGAAAGCACGCCUUUCCUAAAAAUUCCUAUUGCGUUUUUUUAACGUUUUGUUUGAGCACAACAUAAUAAUUACAAAUUUCGGUUAAUAGUUACCUUUUCCUUAUAUUGAAUUCACACCAUCGUUAGCUUUGUACAAAUGUCAUUCGUGUGCAAAUUAUUUAAAGAAAUAGCCGAGCCUAUUGUUUAUUCAGUUUUUUUAAAUAUAGUACUCUCACGACUUAUUGAGAUUUGUAAUAAGCACAAUCAAAUUAUCAUUGUUGAGUUCCCACAUGCGUAUAUAAUUUAUAUAUGGUGAUAGUAGUUCUACCUGCAUCUCUACAUAUUUACGAACAUGGUGUUACUUACCUAGGUAAACAUUUUUUCUAUACACGAAUCGGUAAAAUAAAGGAAAUUUCAACGAAAUCCAUGAAAUAA